AUGAGGGAAAAAGAUGAAUCAUUUAUUGAAUGCGCACAAUUUGACAAUGAACAUUCAAGCCAAGAGGUAAGGCUUCAGAUUGACCCUUCCCCUCUUAAAGGACCUAGCGACAGAUUGAAUUUACUUUAUAUUAUUAUGCUGCUACAUGGUAUUGGGGUACUUAUUCCAUGGAAUAUGUUCAUUAAUGCAAAUUCGUAUUUUGUAGAAUACAAAUUGAAUCCAAAUGUUACUGGCACUCAAGAAUAUAAGAAUAAUUUUAUUAGUUAUCUAGGAAUAACAUCUCAAUUGCCAAAUGUUAUUUUAAAUGGAAUGAAUUUAUUCCUUCAAUUUGGCGGAUCCUUCAAAAAGGAUAAAAACCAGAAAGCUUACCAAACACAACCAAGAAUACCCAUCGCGAUAAUUAUUGAUAUACUUAUGUGCAUAUUCACCGUUGUAUUAGCUUUUAUGGAUACAUCAACUUGGUCAAAAAUAUUUUUUGUGUUAACCAUGAUUACUGUGGUUAUCGUGAACUGUGCUACAGGAAUUUAUCAAAGCUCAAUCUAUGGUUUAGCGGGAAGUCUACCAAUGAAAUACACGAAUGUCAUAACUAUAGGAGAUAAUGUUUGUGGAACUCUAGUUGCUAUAGUUUAUAUAAUAGUGAUAUAUGCAUCUCCCAGUCCAAGAUUGGCGGCUAUAUGGUACUUUAUAUCGGCAAUAUUGAUACUUCUAGUCUGCCUUGUUUCGUAUUUCGUUCUUCUUCGUUUAGUAUUUACAACAGUAAUUACAAUGAGUCAGUAUUUGAAGCUAUGGAAUUAUAAUAAAAAAACACAAACGAGGGAGCCUCGUUCUUGCACGGGUUUUAACUGGGGGAAAUUGGAUGGCCUAUGGCCAUUGACUUUAGCUGGAGAAAGAGAAACGUGGUGCCCUACAGUCGUAUCAGAGGAAGAGGCAACGGAAAUAGAAUUUACCUUUGUUAAAUGGAGAGGUCUUCGAUCAUGUGGAAUGAGAAAGCCUUUGAUCAAAGGGAUUGAAGGAGGAGCGGGCGAUAUGUAUUAUUUACGCACCCCGGCAAAAUCCGAGCAGAAUGGAUUUAUAAAGGAUACAAUAACCAGCAAAUACAAAUCUAGCGAUUAUUACUCCGUAUUCCAAAAGAUAUGGUUACAAUGCUUCGGAGUCUUUUUUAGCUUCUUCAUCACCUUAACUAUAUUUCCUGCUAUCAAAGUCCAUAUCGUUAAAAGCGACCCAAAUUUCUUUAUACCAGAUAAAUAUUUUGAAGCCAUUACAACGUUCCUAAAUUUCACCACAUUUUCGUUGAUAGGUAAUGUGAUAAGCGAAAAAAUUAAAAAGCCAGGUCCCAAAUGGGUCUGGUUACCCAUCCUCCUGAGAGCUCUUUUUAUACCCUUGUUUCUAUUUUGCAAUUACCGUCCAGACAUUAGAAAAUUACCGGUUUUGAUCAAAAAUGACUAUGUUUAUGUUUUGCUGGGUACUUUGCUAGCAGUUACCAGUGGCUAUUUUAGUUCCUUGACUAUGAUGUACGCUCCGAGAUUAGUCGAACCUCACAGAGCCCCUUUAGCUGGAAUGAUGACUUCUUUCUUUUUAGUUCUUGGGAUAUUUUGCGGCUUAAAUUUUUCAUUACUGAUUUCAAAAUUAUUUGAAAAAAUUAGAUAA